AUGGAGAAUAGUAAGGAUUUAGACGUGAACUUUAUAGAUAUUUCAUUAGACGAUUCGCGCGAUAUUGACUUACUAGAAGCUAGUAUUUUUGAUGAAAUUGCUAGAAAAAACGAUUUGGGUAAAAAUGAAGAAUCAGAGAUUAAAGAUUAUAAUAUCUAUCAUUCAAAAAACGCAAACAUAAAGUUGCCACUCCUCUGCAAGAAGCAAAGAAAAACUCUCUUUAGAAGAAGUAAUUCUAAAAGAAAAGAAGUGCGUUCUAAGAGAAAGAUGGACGUUAAUAAUUUAAAUUCGAAAAAAAUUGAUAAACCCAUUGGAGAAUUUAUUGCACUUCAAAAUUUACCGUUUUACUCUGUUGAAGGGCUGGGUUUUCGCAGAUUGAUACAUGAAUUAGCACCAAGAUAUAAUUUUAGGGGACGCAAUUUUUUUACUGAUUUUGUAUGCAACGAAUUAUACGGCAAAGUAGUUUAA